AUGUGCGUUCGCACCGCACCGGCCGGAGCGCCGGCAGGAGGGGCUAAGCGUGGCCACCUGUCCGCCCCCCAGUGGUGUCGUCAGGGUCGGGGCUUCAGCCCAGGACCCCCUGAGCCCCCAAAGGCUCCUUUUUUUAAUGGGAAAAAAAGUUUGCCAGGGCCACACUGUUGGGCCAGAGAAGCACUGGGUGCUUUUUUGGGUUUAUUGAGACAGGUGAUUCCUGACUGGAAGGACCAGGAGUGGGAUAAAGAAAAACCGGAGUCAUACGCCGGGAUCUUCCACUUCCAGUUCUGGCGGUUUGGUGAGUGGGUGGACGUGGUGAUCGAUGACCGGCUGCCCACGGUGAACGGAGAGCUGGUGUACUGCCACUCCAAUGACAGCAACGAGUUCUGGAGCGCACUGGUGGAGAAGGCCUACGCCAAGAUGACGUUUGAUGAUUUUAUCACUAACUUCACAGACAUCAUCCUGUGUCGUCUCAUCAAUACAUCCUACCUGAGCCUCCAUAAGAACUGGGAGGAAGCUGUGAUGCGGGGCUCCUGGUGUCGCCAUGACGACCCACUUCUCAACCGAGCCGGGGGCUGCACCAACAACAAGCAGUCCUUCCUCCAGAACCCACAGUACGUGGAGCUGACUGUAGACGAGCCUCCACAGACCUGCUGGUCAGGGUUGUGUGGUUAUCCCUCUCUGGUCACUCAGGUCCACAUACUGAGGGCUGACGGACUCGCAGGUCAAGACUCUGAUGGAGUGUCAGACCCCUACGUGAUCAUUCGCUGUGAAGGAGUGAAGGUUCACUCUCCGGUCCAUAAAAACACACGCAGCCCCGUCUUCGACACCAAGGGGCUCUUCUACAGGAAGAAAGCCAAACAACCAAUCACCAUUGAGAUCUACAACCAUAACGUGUUGAUGGACUCCUUCCUGGGUCAGGUGACGUUGCCAGCUGAGCAAGGUGAAUUCCAGCAGACGCUCCAUCUGAGGGACAAGGGCAAUCGCCGUGAAAACGACCUCCCUCGUACCCUCACAGUCGCCAUACUGAGCAACACUUCGCUCACCAACAUCUGAGACAGGCUACCAAACCGUCCGAUCAGGGCAGAUUCAGCUGAACCAAAGUUUACCAAAUGACCAGUUUACCACUAAGUCUUUACCUGUGAGUCUUUACCUGUGAGUCUUUACCUGUGAGUUCAAACGUUCAGCCUGAACACAGGGUUUACAUUUUACAGAGUUACUAUAGAAAACGACAUGUGCAGCAGGAGGUCUGCAGACAUCAUCAGAGGAAGUAAUGCCAAAUACAAACGCAACAAACCUAAUUCUUCUCUUCAGUUUCAUUUGUCUUUUUAUACUGUCUUUUCUAUCUAGUCUCAGUGCUUUUUAUGUUGAAAUAAGCUGUACAGAUAAACUUUCCUUGCCAAGUAGCAGAACACCGUGUUUAAACACAGCAAGCUUGUGUCAUAAUGUUACAUAAUGCAUAAAAUAAAUGACAUAAUGUUCAGUUUGUAUUGAAACUGUUUUGAAGAGAUGGUGAUUCAACUUUAUGGUCUUUUGGAGGCUACAGUUUGUGUUGAUGCUGAACUGUAUAGCAUUAUACGAUAUUACAUGAUUUUAUUAGAAAUAUACAGCUGUAAAGGAGUGACAAAAAUGUAAAUAAAUUCAUGAACCUGGUAAAUAAUUCUUGUCCAUAUUGUCCCAACUGGUUUUCAAUGAUACUUUUCAUAUAUAUAUAUAUAUAUAUACUGUUUCUUUGACACCAGACUGAAAAUCUGUGUUCAGCUGCCCUCUCUAUAUCAAAUGUGUUCCACAAUGUGUUAUUUUCUGUAAGGCACUGUUUUCUUAAAAAUGCUGUUUAAAUUUCUUUUCAAUAGUGUUGGACUGGUUGUUGGUCUCUAUGCCCCCUAUUUGUACUUCCAUCAUUAACAAUAUAUCUUAUUUUGUUUUACCCAUUCAGUGUUUUCUAUUUACUGGUUUCUAUGGUUUUCUAUUUUUUCCUCUGUCACAGUCUGAGUUUGUUGCCUGAUGAGCUCUUUUAAUAAACUUA